GAAGUUUAACAAACCUGAGCCUGUACCUACAGCCGUUGCGGUUUCACGUCCAGCCAGCUCACAGGAGAUGGUUUCAUGUACAGUACCAAGCAGCGGACUGAAGCUACCACCGAGUAUUGCUGCGCAAAAGUUAGACGACCUCAUUGCCAUGCACAGCUACAACCCACCGGACGUCAAGAAGAAGCUGGAGGCCAUGCCGGUCUACGCUUUGCAGGGCAUGCUGCGUGAAAUGGCGUUGCCAGUUUCAGGAAUCAAAGCGGAUUUGGUGAAGCGGAUUCUUGAGAAUUUCAAGGUGGACUAAGAGGUUGUUCA